GAUACAGCAACGUUCGUGAAGGGACAGGAAUCAUGGCCAGUCAAACAGAAGAUGUAAUCAUGACCGCUGAACAUACAACCACCACCAACAAUAAAUCUACCCAACGACGCAUCACAUCCCGAAAUCCGCAAUGGACAUACUUCAAACUCCAAUUAAUCCCACAUUCAAACCAUCCCAUAAAAAACUUUACCAUCGACCCACUCACGGCACGCGCACAUCUGAGCUCUGCCCUAUCGCAAUUUCUAGGUUUGAUGGGUACGAGUAUUGGGAUUGAUAUACUCAAGAUUGAGAAUCCGUCAUCUUCUUCGACAGUACAGCAACAACAAUCAGCAAAGAGACCGAUAAUCGAGUUUCCGAAUGUAUGGAUUCGAGUCCCCAAGGAUGAUGGCGCGGCUGUACUUGCGGCGUUGAGUUCGUGGGUUGGGUCUUUAUCUUCUUCUGCUGCUGCUGCUGCGGCGGCUGCGGGUGAUGUCUCAGAGGACGGGGAUGGAGGUGUUGCGUGGAGGGUAUGCGCAAAGGGGAAUUAUUUGAAUGCUAUUGUGCAUGGGUCUGGGAAAGAGGUUUUUGAUCCUUGA